GGACUUGAAGUCCUGACUCUAUUUGCUCAGUGAAUGACCCAUAUUCCUGUCAGAGCUGAUAAAGUCUCAGUCUGUAAAGGAUUUAAGGUGGAAGAGAAAACAGCUAAACACUAAAUAACUUAUUUUACAUUUCCAGUUCUUUAGGGUUUAAAGAUGGAGUAUCGCGGCCUCCUCGCGCUCGCGGUGAUGCUCUCGUUCCGUUGCCAUGGCGCCCUCUCGUGUCCAGUUCGCUGCACGUGUCACUUCGGAUUACGGUCUGUAGAGGUCGUGUGUCCGGACGCGGAGCUUUCGCGUUACCCUAGUGACAGUCUUCCAGGUAACACCACCUCCCUAACCAUCCAGUUCACCAACCUGAGCAGCGUCUCCGCCCACGAGCUGGGAGUCACGCCCCUUCUCCAGGAGCUCCACCUACCGGGAAACGGCCUGAGCAGUCUACCUGAGGACCUGCUUACUGGUCUUCAUCACCUGCACACCAUAGACCUUACAGGUAACCAGCUAAAAGAGCUUCCUGCUCAUGUGUUUUAUCAUGCCCCGCUCGUCAACCUGGUUCUUAAAGACAACCUGCUCACUAGCGUCAACAGUGACUGGCUGCCCGCUAACAGCAGUGUCACGUGGCUCAACCUGUCAGGGAACGAACUGAGGAAAGUUCCUUCUGCUCUACUCCAGAAGCUGAGCCACCUGGAAACCCUGCAUCUCUCACAGAACCUUUUAGAGACACUUCCAUCUGAGAGCUUUCACUUUCUUCAUGCUCUAGAGAGACUUUAUCUGGAAGAAAACAAACUUAAGACCCUGGAGAAUGAGACUUUUACCCACAACACCAACCUGACUCACCUUUUCCUACAGAAGAACAAGCUGCAGUCUCUCCCAGCCACAGUGUUCCACGGCCUUGAUCGGCUGCAGUACCUGGACCUCUCAGAGAACCAGCUGACCUUCCUUGCACCUGACACCCUUGGUUUAGGGAUCAGCUUUGUUGAUUUGACCCUUAACCCUUGGAAUUGUGAUGCCAAAAUAGAGUACCUGUGGAAGAGGUUAAACAAAGCGGCGGUGCAGCCUGAGCCGAAGUGCGCUGCGCCCGAGACGCUGAAGGAUAAAGUCAUUGCAGCACUUACGCGCAAAGAGCUGGGCUUGGAAGAGUGAAGAAAGAAAGCAUGAAGAUGUGAUGAAGGAUGAAGAAUAGUGGAAAUGUUGAAAUUAGUGAACAGUAACGUUGUGAUAAACAGUACAACAGUAAAGAGGAAGGUUAUUAUGUUCUGAUCUAAAGAUGAUAAGAAAAUAAAUGAUUUCAUGAUGAAAGACUACAAACUGCCCACACUGUGUGCGUGUGUGUGUGUGUGUAAACACCUUAUUAAUGGGAGAGAUCAGAGUAUAACCAGACAUCUUACAGGAAAUACAACAAAUAAAUGUACAGCUGAUCCUACUAUAAUUAAAAGAGAUUUAAAGAGAUUUAAAAACCAAUUUAAUUGUAAUCAAAUUAUACACAUCCUAAUUCAGAAAUUGUGCAGAUGCCACUGCAGCAUCCUGUAUACUUUCUUCAUGAAUAUAAAUUUAUACCUAGAUGUGAAAAAUCUGUUUGUGUGACGCAUUUAAUCUG